AUGCGGAAUAGGCAUCCAGAAGCCCUCAAAAAAUCUCUGAUGCUAGGGCAUGCAUCACAGAUAUCAUGGCUCAUGCCAAACUUGCAUGACAAGUCUCAGAAUCUUCCAGACCCAGACAUUUUUACAUUUGAUAGCCCAACCUGCAAGGCCAAAAUCCACGGACCCUGUUGGGCUAUGUACCGCCAGCAGCAGCGCUCAAAUCCGGGUGGUCUUUUAAUAUGCUCUGGAGGUCGUGGAGCAGCAUGUGCAGGAGAUGUUGACAGCAGGGGCGGCUCCUGCGACAAUGGUACCAUGCAGAGUUCCGGGCGACGCGGUUGGGGUGUACUAGAUUCUGUAGAAGUAGAACAGCAGCGAGCUUCAUCCGGUAGAAAUGCCGCGACGAGCCAGGAGAACUUACUCCUGCUGCAGCCCAAAUUUCGCUCCCUGUUGGCGCACAACUACCGCAAGAUUUUGCGGGACGAAGAGAGACAGCAGAGAGGGCCGCGAGGGAUAUGGAUUGUAAAAAUGUCUGAGUCUGGGUCUGGAAAGUUGGAACUUGUGAUGCUAACUUUGGACUCUAAAAAAAUCUGUAUUGCAUGACCAGCAAGAGGCGCCCAGUUUGUGCUACGCGGGGAGGGCACUUGUCAUGCGGAACUGGCAUCAGGAAGCUCAUCAUCACCUCGGACUUCGUGGCGAAGCACCGGAUGGAGCUGAUUGCGUGGCGAAACACCGGAUGGUAAAAUUUGUUUUGAUGCAUGUUGUAGAUGUACGGGAAAUUUGUAUUGCAUAAGCUACUACAACAACCAACAAAGUCCCCAUCUCCACGACCGCCGACCUGAUCCGAACCGUUCGGGAGUGGGACCGGGUGCUGUAUGCGUUCCAAAUAUGCCUGGGUGUGGAAAGAUGGAACCUGUGAUGCUGCCUCUGGAUUCUAUAAAAAAACUGUAUUGCAGGAACAGCGAGAGCAGUCCACCGUUUGCUACAGCGAUCUAGCCUGCUAUGCUGAACGGAGCAUGACAAAUUCCGAAGCACGACUAGAAAAUGCCUCUCAUGGGGCUCUGCAUGAGAAACAUCAUCAGCAUGCAGGAAUAUCCUUUGUAAAAACCGCGGUUCUGGGACUCGUAUGUUUUGCAAAAGUCUCGUACUCGUAUAAAUGCAUUACAAAUUUCCUCAGCAUGAGAAAUAAAAUUUGUAAUGCUGAUUUUCCUUGACGCAGGGAUUUGUAAUGCAUGACUGCAAUACGAUCGGACUUCGUGGCGAAGCACCGGAUGGAGCUGAUUGCAACGGCUUUUGUCAACCAGGACCUUGUAUCCUGUGCAAAAGCAUCGUACUAGUAUGAAUUCCAUUACAAAUUGGGUUUGCAUUACAAAUUGAAUUUGUAAUGCGGAUCUGCCUUACGAUGAAAAUUUGUAAUGCAUGACGAGUACGAUACUUUUGCAUUGUAUACAACUAUACAUUGAAGUUUCGGAUCUCCUGGUCAGCGGACGCGAAGCCACGGCGCAUCUGGCCUACAAACUGCAGUGGUUCAACGAGUUCCUAUAUCCUGUGCAAAAGUAUCGUAUUCGUAUUGCAAGCAUGAAUUACAAAUCUUUUUCUUGAGGUAGAUCAGCAUUACAAAUUUUAUUUCUCAUGCUGAGGAAAUUUGUAUAUGCAUUUAUACGAGUACGAUACUUUUGCACUGCAUAUCCUAGCAGCGGAAGAGAACUUAGUUCCUCCAAGUCUGCGACUCGAAUUAACGAAAGCGUUGUACAAUUUCUAGAGUGCAUCCAGGUGAUGUUUCGAUUUCGAAUUCCAACGUGUGCAUGUGCGUGGUGUUGGUGAAAAAACUAGAAAGAGAAACUACUGGAAGUGUAAGACGCAAGCACGUGCGCAAGUCACAGUGGCGGUCCAAGCUCGACUUCAACGGGAAGUAGAAGGGUGUGUCGGAGCACAAUGAAGAUAAGUUCUGCAUUUCUCGCGCUUCUUGGCAGCACUUUCAUCUCGUGAUUGCAAGUACUAGCACCAGCAGGAAUCUUCCACUGCUCUCCCUGUUCGCAGCCAGUUGUAGAUCUAAUAAUUCUAGUUCAAAGUAGCAGAUCGCCUAUAUGAUAAAUGAGCUGUUCGUAGUUUUUUUCGUUCUUAAUGUCCGAUCAUUAUUCAAGUGCAC